AUGGAACCAUCAAAAAAGACCAUGGUUCGCCGCGCAGUCGUCUCAUCCUUUAUCUUCAAGUUCCCGCCCAAUCGGGGGCCGCAGGUCGCUCUAUUCCGGAGAAGUGACAGCGUGCGAACUUAUCCCAAUCAUCUCGCGCCGGUAUCGGGCAGCAUAGAGCAGGACGACCCCUCACCCCUGGAUGCUGCCUGGAGAGAGAUCCGGGAAGAGACAACGCUUACGCCUGCGACCUUAACGUUACUCCGCCAGGGAAAGGAUUACGUCUUCGCCGACAAGAGGAUUGGCCGCGAGUGGACUAUCCAUCCCUUCGCCUUCCGCCUCAAGUCCCACGAGGAUGAGUCCCGCAUUCAGAUCGAUUGGGAGCACAAGGGGUUCCAGUGGUUCGACCCCCACGAGGUCCGCGAUGUUGAUGAAUUUGGUGGCGUGCCGCGACUUGCCGAGAGUCUAAGACGCAUCUGGUUCGAGAUUGAACUCGGCGAGAGGAGAGGAAAGCUUCUAAGUGAGGGGCUGCUCGCGUUGCAGAAGGAUCACCAAAGCGGAGCGCGGCAGCUGGCGGGCAAGGCGCUUCAGGUUCUUCUUUCCGUAAUUGGGGAGAAGGCCAGCGCAGAGAAAGAUGGCUCUGUGGAAAAGUGGUGGCGCAAUGCUCGACUCGCCGCUUGGCAUCUCUGGAAGAAUGGCAGAGAGAGCAUGGGAGCCGCAAUUCUGAACAACAUUGUGCGAUCGCUGUCCGUCAUAGAGAAGGAGGUACAGCAGGCCAAGGAUGCAAACGUCUCCCAGGCCUUCCUUGACUCCGUGACAAAGAAGGUAGGCGAUUUUGCAACAUCGAGGGACUCUUCUAUCGAUGGCAUCUCGAAAUCCUUUGAGGCUUCCUUACGAACACAUCACGGCUCCGGUCAGCCCAUCCGGAUUCUCACGUUAUCGUCUAGUUCCACCAUCCUCGAGUGUCUUAAGAGGGCUAUCGCAGGCCUAGACUCAUCAUUUGAUAUCCGCGUACUCGAGUCUCGUCCCUUGUUUGAGGGGGUUUCAAUGGCGUCUAGCCUGGUCAACCACCUCCAAGAGUCAGGGCAAAGGGAGAAGAGAGUCAACGUCUCAAUCUAUACCGACGCCGCCGCCGCAAUCGCUAGUAAGGAAGUGGACAUGGUCCUCAUUGGUGCGGAUAUCAUUGACGGAUAUGGGACAACGAGCAACAAGACAGGCUCACUACCAGCAAUUCUCUCUGCUAAGCACAGCUCACCUCAAGCUAAGGUAUUCGUUCUGGCUGAAAGUGAGAAGAUUCUGCCGUAUGAUCCACCUGGUUUCGAAGAGAACGAUGUCAAUGAGGUCGCUGCUUCAUGGAAGCACAGCUACUUAGCACAACAGGAUACCUCGAAGGCCAUCGAUAGCUCGCUUGGGGCAGGGUCUGGCGAGGAGAUGGUAAAAGCGAAUGUCAGGAACGUGUACUUUGAAUGGGUACCAUCAGGUCUCAUCGACGGAUACAUGCUCGAGGACGGGGAGAAGAGCUCGACUGAUAUCUCGGACAUCGCCGAGCGGAUACGCCGCGAAGCAGAUGCGUUCUUCUCUGAUGUUUAG